GGGCGGUGCUGGGCGGUGCGCGCGGCGCAUGCGCAGACCCUCAUGUGGAGGGCGGCGGCGGCGGCGCGCGCGGGGGGCGCUGUUGUCGGGAGCGCGCACGGGCCGCCAUCCCGGAGCCCCGGCCAUCCCAGCACCUGGACCUUAACACCUUGGAAUUGUCCUUUUCCACGUGAAGCUCAGCCAUGACCGACCAAGAGUUCGUUCUCUGCAAGUGGAAGAGGCGUUUGUGGCCAGCCAAGGUUUUGUGCAAGCCUGGAGCUGCCGGGGGCAGUCCUGUUGCCACCACGAAAAGGAUGGGAUUUAAAGCUGAAAUCCUUGGCUUGGAGAAGCAGGUCAGUGUGAGCUCUGCAAAUGUUGUUCCCCUGACGGAGGAGCGGAUCAAGGCCAUUGCCUCCACGCUGGAGCAAAAGAAGAGCAUGAGUGAGGCCGUGGAGGAGCUGCAAUAUCGCUGUUCCCUUAAAAUUGCCUUGGAUAUUCUCCACCAGACUGACUCAGGCAGUCAAAUACCACCUGCAGAAGGACCAAAUUCCGAAUUUUCCCAGGAGAAAUCUGCUCCCCCCGCCCCCUCCCACGGCUUCUUGUUGCGCUCUCGCUCUAAAAAGUCAGAACCUGAGGCUGCCAAGAGGAAAAGAAAACCCCAAAAUAACUGUGGGCUGAAGGAUGAUCCCAAAGCGCGGAGCCAGGGAGGUUCUGUGGCUCCAGAGGGGAGUGGAAAAGCACCUGGAUGUGGCACAAACCCUUCCAGAGCACCUGGAAGUGGCACAAACCCUUCCAGAGCACCUGGAAGUGGCACAAACCCUUCCAGAGCACCUGGAAGUGGCACAAGCCCUGCCAGAACACGUGGGGGUGGAACAAACCCUGCCAGGUGCGGUGCCAGGGACUCGCGUGUGCCACCAGCCCCUGAUGGUCACAACUGCGAAAAACCAGAAUCAAAAUCAUCCCCCAGCCAGAGGAAAAUCCAGCCCAAAACAGGGAAUGGCGUGUCCUGUGUGCCAAAGGCUGGAAGAAGUCAGCAAGGAAGGAAAAGAGGAUGUAGGGAUGAUUCCCCACAGGAUCAAGCACAGGUGGCUCCUGAGGAGGGGUCUCCACCUGUCCUGUCUAAAUCUGGCACUGUGGAACCUCCUGGAAAGACAGGAGCUCAGCCUGGGAGAGCAUUCCUGGAUUCCUCCUGUGGAACUGCCUCGGAUGAGUUGGAGAAAAGCAUCAGCAGUGAGAGUGAGAGCCUGGCAAAGCAGCUGGAUGGGAGGAGAGAGGAAGAGGCUGGAAAACACCUGGAUGGGGCAGGUGUGGCCUCAGGCACAGACAGGAAAUGCAGGAGCCACCCUGGAUCCUCACCUGGGCCUUCUGGUGCCUUCCCUCAGCCUCAGGAGGAGGAGGAAAACCAGGAUCCCUCACACCUGGCUGGGAAUAAAGCCCCUGACUCCGAGGAAGAUGAAGGGCUGGAACCCUCUGGAAUGUCUUCCAGGAGAUUUUCCUCGGAGAGCCUCCCUCCACUCUCACCUCUGGCGGAUGAAGAGGAGGAAAAUUUCCCAAGUGUUCUGUCCCAUCGAGAACCCAAAUUCUUCGAGGAAGGGAUGUUGGUGUGGUGCAAGCUGCAGCGGUAUCCGUACUGGCCAGCCGUGGUGAAAGCAGUGAAGAGGAAGCACCGAAGGGCCUGUGUGCUCUUCAUAGAUGGCACCACAAAUGAGAAGAAAAAAGGUUUCUCAGUGUCUCUGAAGAGCCUGAAGCACUUUGACUGUGAGGAGAAGCAGGAGCUCAUUGAACGAGCCAAGGAGAACUAUUCCAGGGAAAUCGAGUGGUGCCUCCAGCUGAUCCUGGACUAUCGGAUCCGAGUGGGUUGUCAUUCUUUCACUGGGUCCUUCCUGGAGUAUUUUGCUGCUGAUAUCAGCUACCCAGUGAGGAAAGAGGGAUACCAGAGUGUGGUGCAGAUGGCAUUCCCAAACACAGAGGGGGAAGGGGCUGGAGAGUCUUCCUCAGACACCUCCCCCCAGAAACCCCCGAGGAAGCUCCUCCCUGACAGGACCAGAGCUGCCAGGGACAGGGAGAACAAGAAGCUGGUGGAGUUCAUAGUCAAGUCAAAAGGAGCUGAAGAACAUCUCCUGGGGAUCUUGAAAAGUGGGAAACAAUCCCGCUGGCUGAAGAAAUUCCUGAAUUCCAGCCGGUACAUGACCUGUGUGGAGACUUACCUGGAGGAUGAGGAGCAGCUGGACCUGGUGGUUGGGUACCUGAAGGAGGUGUACAGGGAGAUGGACACCAAGAACCUGCACCAGAUCCUGGGGGACGGCAUCAGAUUCAUCUCAGAUGUGCUUUUACCUGAGGCCAUCAUCUGUGCCAUUGCUGCUGUGGAUGACAUUGAUUAUGAGAAGGCAGAAGAGAAGUACAUUAAAGGACCACCUGUGAGCAAAAGAGAGAGAGAGUUGUUUGAUGAGCAAGUCCUGGGAAGCAAAAAGCUCAAGACGGAGCCAGAGCCUGCGGAGAGCUGAGGAGUGGCCGGGGCUGCCCUGGGGCCAGGUGUAAAUAACCAGUGGUGAUUUGUACAAAAACGUGGCAUUCUUUGUAAAGUCUGUGUGUAUAUCCCCAAAUAUUCUGCUCCCAGCCCCAGCUGGCUCUCAGCCCUCGCUGCUUCCCAUGGCCUCGCCAUGUUGAGGAUCUGCCAGAUCCUGAUCCAUCAGUGCCCUCCUGGGGGGCUGCCAGAGACCCCCAGUGCUGUGCAGAGCUUCUGCUGCUCCACCAACUUCCACGUGGGUUCUUUUAGCCAAACACCCAACUUGGGAAGGGAUUUUAUCCUGGUGGCCUCGUUGUUGCUGAUAAAACCAGGAGGGGGUUCCUGCAGGAAACGUUCCCGGGGGGUUCCUCCUUCCUGCCUGAUGGAUCUCCAAGGGUGGGAAAUCAGAUUGGUGCUCAGAGCUGCCACCUGGAUCACAAAGAUUUGUGGGGUUUUGUUCUGUUAUGACAAAUAAAAUCCCGUGGAGAAGGAAUCCAGGUUUGCUUAAACAAAAACAUUCCCUUUUCCUCUACCAGUGAGCCAGUGGAAUGCUGGUUUAUUGCCUCUUUUGAGGCCAGGAAUUUUGGGAGGCUUUUAAUUGUCUUUUUCUCAUCUGAAUUCCCAGUUUAAUCCUGCCCAGCUCCCUGCCCACCUUUGCUGGAGCCGUGGCACAUGGAAGCAGUGUCACCAAGAACUAAUUAAUGAUGAAUAAUGAUAAAUGAUACAUAAAACCCCCUGAUUAGGGUUUCUCUGUGAUAAUGAAAUGUGAUCUCCUUGCUUGUCCAGUAAAACCCAAGAUGAUUUGAAAUACAGAAGUUGAAAUUGGGAUCCAGAUGUCUAUCCCGGCUGGUAGUAAUUAUCUGAAUAUAUUUUAAUUACACUUUUAAUUGCUCUGUGCUCUCUAA